AUGGAGACGACGGCCAGUUCCAUCGAAGAAUCAAAGGCGGAAUCUGGGGAGAUGAUGAAACUUCCGACGGAGUGUCCUGCGAGUGUGAAUCCGUCUCAGUCUCCAGCAAGCGGGCGACUUGUAUAUGUACGCAGAAGAGUGGAGGUUGACACAACAUCCAGCAAAGACACUAAAAAGCCUAAGGAUGGUUUGGUCAGCUCGUCCACACCAGCUCCGUCUCCAUCCCCACAAGGACCGACCAGCCAUCGGUUUGACUGGGAAGACCGGUACCAUCAUCUUCAAAUGCUCCUAAACAAGCUUAAUGAAUCUGAUCAGACGGAUCAUCUACAGAGUAAGCCCGAACCAAAGGUGUCUCUUUUCCUUUUCUUUUUUCUAAUAGAUAUAUUGUGCGACUCUGAUCCAUUCACUGUUAGUGCUUUGGUCACUUUCGUCCGCUGA